GAGUGAGAGCUACUCUGACUGUAAUUCUCUCGGCCCCCGCCUUUCCCGGGCUCCAGGAUGGUGGUCCUGCCGGUCACUGGGGCGCUCUGGAUGGCAGCUCUGACGGUGUCCCUGGCAAUGCUGUGCUCCUCUGUGGCUCAGGGCACAGACACCCCAGAGUUUUACGUGUACCAGAGGAGGAGUGACUGCUUUGAGUUCAAUGGGACGCACCGCUUCUUGGAGCAAUACAUUUACAACAGAGAAGUGUGCAUCCAGUUUGACAGCGUCGUGGGGGUGUUUGUGGCUGUGACCGAGCUCGGGCGCAUAACCGCCAAGAACUGGAAUAUCCAGAGGGAGUUCCUGGAGCUGAGAAAGAGCGCGGUGGACACAGUGUGCAGACACAACUACGAGCUGGACGAGGGUUCCACGCUGAAGCGCAGAGUCCAGCCAAAAGUGAACGUCUUCCCCUCCAAGAAGGGAGCCCUGCAGCACCCAAACCUGCUUGUCUGCCACGUGACAGAUUUCUAUCCACGUGACAUUCAAGUCCGCUGGUUCCUGAAUGGACAGGAGGAAACAGCUGGGGUUGUGUUCACCAACUUGAUUCAUAAUGGAGACUGGACUUUCCAGAUCCUGGUGAUGCUGGAAAUGACCCCCCAGCGGGGAGACGUCUACACCUGUCAAGUGGAGCACCCCAGCUUGGACAGUCCUGUCACUGUAGAGUGGAAGGCACAGUCAGCUUCUGCCAGGAGCAAGAUGCUGACUGGACUUGGGGGCUUGGUGCUGGGGCUCACUGCCCUCCUUCUGAGCUUCAUUCUCCAUUUCAAAGGCCGACAAGGGCUCCUGAACUGAUCCCAAACAUCACAGGAAGCCUUGGAACAAGAAUUUCUGAUACUUUUGUUGCCCAGCAAGCUCCCACCUCCAAAAAGGCCAUUACGACUACACUGUACCCCUG